AUGGCUGAAUCAACUCAACCGCCGCCCGCCGAGAACAAGGACAACACCACCAGCGCUCGCCGCAGGAGUUCUGGCUGGAUGCCUGCCUUUGAAGGCCUGCAACAGCACCAUGGCUCGCAGACCAACGUUACCCGUCGCGAGAGUAUGUCAGAUCAACAGCCCAAGGGCGGCAUCUUCUCGCAGCUCUUCCACAAUAACUUUGGACGCAACGCCAAAUAA